CAUGUGUUAACUACUAAAAUAUAACUAUCAUUUAAGUACAACAACAAUGGGCUACCAUACGUAACAUGUUUUUUUACCUGGAGUACUUUACACCCCAUAACAUGAAGGCAAUACAUAUAUGCUUAAAAAUUUGCUACAAAUUUGACCAUAACAUUCCUGUUUUUUCAGAUCUAACAAUUUUCAGUGCCUGCUUAUUUACUUUGUUUUCUUUUUUUCUUUUACAAAACAAAAAUCUGUUUUAUGUCGAUAGAGCUAUUAACUAAAAUUUGAGAAAUUUUAUUUUAUAUAUUUCUAUAUCUUUAUCAGGUUAGUUAACAUUGAAGAAUGCAUUCCACUAAAUCGUCCAAUGUAGUUUUGAGAAGGCCCUCUCAAUUUGGAGUAAAAACAAAAGACUUAGAUUUAAAAUCGCCAUCUACAUUUUGCAUGAAAGAAUCUGAUAAAAAGCAUCAUGUUGUCACGCCAUCUGAUUUUGUUAAGAAGAAGAAAAAGUCGAUCAAGGAUGUGGGUGUUGAACAAUAUGUACCGCCUGACCAAUAUUUAAAACCAGCACAUAAAAUGGUUUCAAAAAUAUCACCAAAGAUUGCAGCUCCUGAAUACCAAAGCUUACCUUUUUCUGAAAAUAAAGAAUUUUUCAAAGAAAAGUAUUUGCAAUUAGAAAUCAAGUACACAAAUGAAGAGAAGAAAGUCAAACAGUUGAAUACGAAAUUGCAAGAACAGUACAAUGUAUUUGUGAAUGAAAAACUUGAGCUACAAAAUCAAUAUGAUAAAUUGAUUGCAGAACAUUGUCAAAAAAUAGAAAAUCUUGAAGUAAAAAAUAGAUCAUUGGAUAAUAAUUUACAGAAAGUUGAAAGAAACCAUUUUAAUGAGGUUAAAGUUGUUUAUGAUAAGUACAUUGCAUUACAAACUCAAUUUGAUGAAGAAAAACGUUUUCUUGUUAAUAAAAUAAAAACUCUUGAGCAGCAGCUCUCCGACUGUAGUAAUCAGAAGAGUGUUGUUAAAAGUGAAGUGGACAAGAUGCAAGUGAAAAUUAAAGAAGCAUCAGAGAUAAAUUCUGCCGAAAUUUCCAACCUUGAAAAUAUAAUUAAAAAGUUAAACCUUGAGCUAGAUAAUACCAAUCAAAAGUUGAAGUUGUCAGACACAGAAAGAAUGAAAUUUUCAACUAAUUUAGAAAAAAUUAAACUUUCCAUACAAGAACAAGAGAAAGAACUUCAGUUAGAAAAAAGUCUGACAAAAGAUUUUAACAGUAAAAUAGAACAAAAAGAUGAGAAAAUUUUGCAAAUGUUAGAGGAAAUUAAACAGAACAAGGAGCUAUUUCAGUUAAAGAUGGAAAAUAUUGGAAGAAAAUUGGAGGAAGAAAGAAGUCAAAAAGUAUUGUUUGAAGCAGACUUGAAUGAAAAAAAUAUGCUAGUAACACAGCUGGAAAGUAAGUUAGCACAAGCAAGUAAAUGUAUUAAAGAUUUAAACAAAAACAUUGAAAAGCAGAACAUUACCGAAAAGCAGAUGAAAUUGCAACAUGAAGAAAUUGAAAUGUUGCAAUACACAUGCAGAACACUACAAUCAACAAAUGAGUUACUUAAUGUUAGACUAAGUUCUGUAAACGAUAUGUUAAAGCUGCAAGAUGUUUCCUCAAAAGGUGUUUUAAGUGGAGAAAAGUAUGAUAAAUUGUUAAAAAUGUGGAGAGAGAAAGUUUAUAGUUUAUUAGUGUUAUUAAAAACAUAUGAGCUGAAAGAAAGAAGAUACAUUGAAACAACUGAGAGUGAAAUAUAAUAUUUUUUUACUUCUCUGGAUAUUUAUAAUAAAUAUGAGCAAAAUUGAAUUAGUUAUUUUUUUAUUUUGAUUAUUUUAAAAUUAUUAAUAUAUUAUUAUUGUUUAAUUCCCCUAUUUUCAUAUUUUGAGAAUUUCCAUCUUAUUGUUUGUAAAUUAACACAUUCAUCAUUUUUUGCAUAAUUCAGCAAAUUUACUGUUGAGAUACUGAUAUCUAUCACUUUUUUUUAAUCAUGCUUGUUGUUAAUAUUGGUGUGGAUUUUAUUUCGUGAUGUGGCUAAUUGUUUGUUUUUUGGUCUGGUUUUAAUUUGACAAGGGCGUGAAGAAAUUAAACAUGGUUUUAAUUUGAUGGAAGUGAAAAACUUCUGAGGAGCGGAUUUAAUUUGAAGUUUCUGCUUAAAAUUUUAUUGGGCAAUAUGGAAAAUGUAUCAUCUAACUUAAACUUUGAAGAAAAAGUAUACAAUAAUGAGCA